GUACUUCCCGUCGCUUGAAUAUGACGACAUAAGCGCUUGCCGAGGACAAGACACGCUUGUGCCGGGUGCUGGACGGUACUGGAUGUAAACAGGUUCGUGUACUUCUGAAUUAACUAGAUGACCUCUGAACUUUGGAUGGUGCCAUGGGUGAUGAUGUGAACCCAGACAGAGACGAUCUGCCCCUCAGAGCCAACACCAGCCACAUUCUGGUCAGACACUAUGUCCUGGACCUGGACAUACACUUCCACACGCAGGUUAUCACUGGUACUCUGGUGCUGUUCCUGGAGCCAGGCCCUGGGGCUGGAGAAGGAGCUUGGGCUGGGGAAGGACCUGGGGCUGGGGAAGGUGAUCUAUACACUGCCCAACCAUCUAAGACUGCUGACUCCUGGGAGGACGAGAGUAACGGAGACUUCACCUUAGUUCUGGACUGCUGUGACCUUGCUGUGUCAAAGGUUGAGGAGCUGGAUGUGGCAUCUGUCUUGGACCUGCUGGGUCUCCUAGAAGAGGUCAGGGGCGAGGAGUCGGUGGUGGAACCACAACCAGGCAGCCAAUCAGCUGUGCUCAUUCAGAGGCUGAUAUCCCUUCCUGCCACCCAGUGGAAAAAGCAACAUCACCUGUACUCUCAGUGCAGUCGUGCCCCUGCUUCUGAGAGUGGGAGACCCCUUGUCUUCCACACUGAUCGUUGGAGCCUGCAAGUGCGGCAUAGGGGGACUCGGACGCCCCAGGAGUUCCCCCGAGCCCUGCGAAUCUGCUAUGAGACCAAGCCAGAGGGAGGCUCUGUCAGGUGGACUAAAGACCAGGACAACAGGUCGUGUGUUUACACUGCCGGCUCGCCCAUCAACAACCGGGCCCUCUUUCCCUGCCAGGAGCCUCCUGUUGCCAUGUCUACGUGGCAGGCCCGGGUGCGAGCCCCCAGGGGGUGUGUAGUUCUGUUGAGUGGAGAGAACCAGGCCGAGCCCACUCACCUGCAGGAAACAGGUCUUUGUAGCUGGGACUACUAUGUCACAAUGCCUAUGCCUGCCUCCACCUUUACUUUGGCAGUGGGUAGCUGGAGCCUCGUCCCCACAGCACAGCAGACAGCCCUGUUUGGGGCCCCCCAUUCACACACUGGCAGCUUGGACCUUCCAUUUGCCGCCAGCCCACAGUUUAUGUUUGAGCGAUCGGCCCUAAAAGACGAGAAGCACUUUGAGAGCGGCUGCACGGUCUCGGGGGAAAAUAACGUCUCCUGUUGCCACGUUGAUUAUCCGUGCCGAUUCACAGAGGCAUCCGCCUGGAGCCAGCGGAUCAUCCCUCACCGGGUGUUUGCCCCCCCCUCUCUGGUGCCGAAGGCCCAGUUCCAGAUCCUCCCUCUGCUGCCUCGCUGUCUGGCUGCUGCCCACGCCACCCUGGGUGUCCACCCCUUCCCUCGCCUCGACAUCCUCAUCGUCCCGGCAGGCUUCUCCAGCCUGGGCAUGGCCAGCCCCCACAUCAUAUUCCUGUCCCAGAGUGUGCUGUGCGGAGAGAGGGAUGGAGUUGGAGGAGUACAGCCGGGCCUGUCUCUGUGCGGGUCUCGUCUGUGCCAUGAGCUCUCCCACUCGUGGUUUGGCCUGGCCAUCGGGGCCCGGGACUGGACUGAGGAGUGGAUCAGUGAGGGAUUCGCCACCUACUUGGAAGAUGUGAUCUGGGCCCGGGCACAGCAGUUGUCCAGAACUGAGACAGACGAGCAGUCUAAACUCAAGGCAUUGUUGAGGUGGAGGAGGCUCUCCGAGGAACUACAAAACUCAGAGGACCAGCUGCAAAUCCUCAGGCCCAACAUGGAAAGCACAGGCCAGGUCAGUGAGUCUGGGUCAUCCUUUGUCAAACAUGCUCUCAACCCUGAGAAAAACUUCAUGCAAGUUCACUACCUCAAGGGCUACUUCCUCCUCAGGUUCCUGGCCAGCAAAGUAGAAGAUGAAAGGUUCCUCAGUUUCUUCAAACUCUUUGUAAUGAAAUACCAUGGACAACUCAUUCUCUCUCAGGAUUUCUUGCAAAUGCUGCUGGAGACCUUCCCUGACAAAGAGAGACAAGGCCUCACCCUUGAAGCUAUUCAUGCCGACUGGCUGGAUCGACCAGGAAUUCCUAAGUGGUUGUUUGAAGGGAGUGCCGCGUGGACACAGACUCGGCUGGUGGAAGAAGUCAAAGCGGAGCCUGUCUCUCCUUUUCUAUCUCUCCCUCAGUCUGUAUCCUUCACUCAUAGGAACGGUGCUUACAUCUGUUGCUGUGAUGAUCUGGUGUGUAGCGUAGUAUCGGAGGUAGUAAAAUGGAUUGGUCUCAAUCAGAGCGUUGGAAGGGGCAGAAAGCGGAAGAGAGCAAGACCCAAGGUGAACUUGGACAGAGUGGUGACUCCGGAGCAGCUGGUGUUGCUAUUGGAGCUUCUUCUGGAGGAGGCGGAACUAAGUGUGACAUCGCUGUGUACGAUUCAGAGAACGUACAAUCUACAGGAGCAGGACGCCGAAGUGAGGCACCGCUGGUGUGAGUUGGUGGUCAAACACAAGCACACUGAGGCGUACCACGAUGUGGAACACUUCCUCCAACACGACCAGGCCAUGGGUGUGUAUCUGUACGGUGAAUUAAUGGUUCAUGAGGAUGCUAGGCAGCAGGCGCUAGCCAGGCACUGCCUCUCAUUACUCCAGGAUGAGAUGGACCAAUCAGCUCGCAGAGUGGUGGAGGAGAUGGUCCUAUGAGCUGUCAGACAACAGGCUGUCCAGCUGCCAGCCUCGGGACACGGGAGGGACAGGAAACGCCAGGGAUCACCAGGAAGUAAUGCUCACCCUAUUUCCCUUCCGGACUGGAAGACAGAACCAGACUCCCAACCCCCUUGUGUCCUGUCCAGAUGUGCGUGUCCUAAAUGGCACCUUACGCCCUAGAUUAUGCCCUAAACACCCUUCACCAGAGAACAACAGGGCACAUUGACCAUGGACAGAAGAAGGGCGAUAUUUGAGGACAAUGGCAUCAUUGGGGAACCCCAUAGCUUUGGAGGAACCUGUCCAGCCAUUCUAAAGGCGAGGUAUAUGUUUAGGUCUUAGAAGUAUAGAGUGAAAGCCUGUCAUGUUUGUAUGUCUAUGUGGAAACAUCAUGGCUGCUCACUGUUUAGUCUAAGACUGGGAUUUCUAAGAGUUUACAGAGGAAAUACCACCAGACAACACGUUUCCAUAAUAAACCUCUUACCUCACGGACUAAUGCAGGGUGUUUUUAACGGGAAAGUCUGUUCUUACGGCAUCGGUAAUUACAUGCAUUUAUACUAAAAUGAAUGAUGUUAGCGAACUGCUUGUUAGGUUGUCAGACACUUCUUAGGAUUGUAGACUUGUAAUGUAUCUUUUCUACACUUGACCACGUGUCUUUCAAUAAAACACAGUAAAACAGUGGAAGUCCUUUUCA